AUGGCCGAGUGCUGGCUCCUGACCGUCGCCUGUCUCGCCGCGUUCCUCCUGCCCGCAGCCCUGAGCACACGUAGCGGAGAAGAUUGUGACUGCAAUGGGAUGUCCAGGCAGUGCAUCUUUGACUGGCAGCUCCUGAGAGAGACAGGGAACGGGUACCGUUGCCUCGGCUGCCUGGGCAACACAGAGGGUACCCACUGCGAGCGCUGCAAGGAUGGCUUCUUCCGACGGUGGGGGGAGCAAUGUUGCCUGCCCUGCCUCUGCCACACCUGGGGUUCCCUCAGCCCACAGUGCGACAGCGAUGGCCGGUGCAGCUGCAAACCUGGAGUGAUGGGGGACAAAUGUGACCGGUGCCAGCUGGGCUUUGAGUCCCUGUCUGAGGCAGGGUGCUGGAGGAACGGGCAGAGUCUGCAGUGUGAGUGUGACCCAGCAGGCAGCAUGGGAGCCUGUCAAUCUGGCCUCUGUGCCUGCAAGGAGAGCACCACUGGAGAGCGGUGCCAGAGGUGCAAGCAACACUUCUAUAACCUGGAUGCUAGAAAUCCUGCAGGAUGCUCCCCCUGCUUCUGCUAUGGGCACUCAGUCACUUGUAUCAGUGCGGACAACCACAGUGUCCACAACAUCACCUCUACCUUCCAGCAAGGUACUGAGGGCUGGCGAGGUGUUCAUGAAAGUGGCUCCCCAGCCCAGCUCCAGUGGUCCCCACGCCACCAGGAUGCCUUCAUAGCAGCAAGGAGAUCAGAGCCAAUAUACUUUGUGGCACCUGCAAAAUUCCUUGGGAACCAGCAGCUGAGCUAUGGCCAGAUGCUCUCCUUUGAUUACCGCCUGGACCGAGGGGGACACCAGCCAUCUCCACAUGAUGUGGUCCUAGAAGGACAUGGCCUGAGAGUCACUGCUCCCUUCUUGCCCCAGGGAAAGGUCCUGCCCUGUGGCAUCAGCCAGAUGUACACAUUCAGGCUGGACGAGCACCCAAGCAGCAAGUGGAGCCCAAGACUGAAUCACUUUGAAUUUCGCAGGCUGCUGGGAAAUCUGACAGCCCUCUGGAUCCGAGCCACCUUUGGGGAAUACAGCACCGGCUACAUCGAUAAUGUCACCCUGGUGUCAGCACGGCCCGUUCCCGGCGCCCCCGCCCCGUGGGUGGAGCGCUGCCAGUGCCCGGCGGCGUACCGGGGGCAGUUCUGCGAGAGCUGUGCCCCUGGCUACCGCAGAAACGCCCCCGGCCAGGGGCCCUUCAGCAUCUGCGUGCCCUGCAAUUGCCAGGGGGGAGGAAUUUGUGAUCCUGACACCGGUGAAUGCUACUCAGGAGAUGAAAACGUGGGCAAUGGUGUCAGCUGCCCCUUUGGCUCCUACCGAGAUGCCCAGCAGCCAUACAGCUGCAGGACCUGCCCCUGCAGGCUCGGCCAGGGCUGCUCUGUGGGGCCAGGCAGCGAGGAGGUUGUCUGUGACGACUGCCCUCCUGGAGCUGCUGGUGCCAAUUGUGAGUACUGUGCCGAUGGCUAUUUUGGAGAUCCAGCGGCUUCCCAGCCCUGCCAGCUGUGCCAGUGCAAUGGCAAUGUGGAGCCCAAUGCCGUGGGCAACUGUGACCGCCAGACCGGCGAGUGCCUCAAGUGCCUCUACAACACCACUGGCUUCUACUGCGACCGCUGCAAGGAUGGCUUCUUUGGGAACCCCCUAGCCCCUGACCCUGCUCACAAGUGCAGAGCCUGUGCCUGUGACUCAGUUGGUGCCGAGCCCGUGAAGUGCAGGAGUGACGGGAGCUGCCUCUGCAAACCUGGCUUUGAGGGUCCCCGCUGUGAAGAGAGUGAGUGCCCAGCUUGCUAUGGCCAGGUGAAAGUGCAGGUGGAGCUGUAUCUGCAGCAGCUGGUGGAGCUGGAGCUGCUUUUGUCAGAGGUGCAAGCUGGCAGUGGGACCGAGAGUCAAGAGCUGGAGGGGAGGAUGCUGGUGGCUGAGGAGAUGCUGCAGACCAUCCUUAGGGAAACCCUGAGCCUGCAAGCCUCUGGCAGGUCUAUGGAAGGACGUGUGGCCCAGAUGAAGGGGCAAGGGUCCAGCUCCCAGAGUCGCUUGGAUGAAAUCAAGGCAGCUGUGGAGACACUGAGGUCUUUGGGGAACCUGUAUGAGAGGCAGGUGCAGGAGACCCGUCAGCUGCUGGAGAGAGCCAGGCUGGACCUGGAACACAGUGGUGCUACUCUCCGUUGGGUGACCAUUCCUGUUUCAAGCUUUCCUGGGGGUUUGAAUCAGUUCUUGCUGCUGGCACAGGAGGCUCUGAGACUGGCCGACAGCCACACACAAGCAGCCAAUGCCAUUGACCAAGCUGCAAAGGUGGCACGGGAAGAUGCGCAGCAGGCACUGGAGCUGCUGCGUGCAGCUGCUGGUGGAGAGGCCACGUUGGGCUCCAUGCCAGGGCUGCCCAGGAGGUACAAGGAGCUCAAGUCACUGGCUGGAGGCCUGAAGGCUGAUGCUGAUGGAAUGGCCUUCAAGGCAGACACAGCUUAUCAGGACAGCCUAGUGCUCCUCAGCUCCCUGUCCCGCCUGACAGAGAUGGACAUCGGGUCCCUUAAGGAGGAAGCCUCACGGCUGAAGAAGGACACAAGUACCCUGCUGGGCCUGGUGGACACCUCCUUGGCCCAGUACCGGGGCCUGCAGAACCACAUGGGGCACUGGGAGGAGGAGGCCAAGCAGCUGCUACAAGGGCAAGAGGGCAAGAAAGCGAAGCUGACACAGCUGCUGUCCCGAGCCACCCUUGCCAGGAGCACAGCCCUGCAAGCCAUGAGUGCUGGCAAUGCCACCUUCUAUGAGGUGGAGCAGAUCCUCAAGAGCCUCAAGGAGUUCAACCUGCAAGCAGAUGACAAGAGGAGGGAAGCCAAAGAUGACAUGAGGAGGCUUCCCAUUAUUAGCAGCAUGGUGACCACUGCCAGGGAGAAGACAGACCAAGCCAAAGGGAUUGUGGAUAGCGCUGCUUCUGAGUCAAAGGCAGGCAGCAGUGUGGUAGGAGAAGUGAAGGAAAUCGUCAUGGAGAUCCAAGAGGAGAUUGCCCAGCUGAAGGGGGAAGCCAACAAGACAGCUGACGGCGUCCUCGCCCUGGAGAAGGCAGUGGCCACCCUGCGACAUGAGGCCAAGGAAGGGGAUGAUGCAUUUGAGAGGAAACUCUUGGAGGUUGAGGCAGAUGCUGCUGUAAUAGAGAAAACAGCUCAGGAAACUCAAAGGGUCCAUGACAAGGCUGGCCAGGCAGGGGCAGCUGUGCAGCAGAUGCUGAGUGCCCUGGAAGAGCUGCUGCAUCUCAUGAACCAGCCUGGCGCUAUGGAUGAGGAUGGCCUGAGGCAGCUUGAGGCGAACUUCAGGAAAGCCAAAAACAGAAGCAAGCAGCUGAAGGUGGAGAUGUCAGAGCUGGAGCAGACAACUGCACUGCAGAAGGACCGGGUGCGCAUGCUGGAGAGCAGCAUUGAUGGCAUCCUGUCUGAUAUUAAGAACCUGGAGGAUAUCCAGAAUAGUCUUCCUCCAGGCUGUUAUAACACAAAAGCCAUUGAAUUACCAUGA